GUUUUAUUUGUUAUCUGUAAUGCGAAUUACGAGUAACUGAUCGCCGCGUAAACAUAAUACGAAUUGUUUUCAGUCGAUUAUGUUACAGGAAUUAGGUUACCAAUAAUUUAUUUCUAUUCUGCAACCAUAUUUCUUUAAGUUAAAGUAAUAGUAUGAUCUCGCUUUGAAAGUUGAUUAUUAGUUGAGUUGAAGCCGGUACCAGAAUGACGUCGAUUAUCAAGCUCCACUGCCUCUCAGGGGCUGGAGACGAGACUCCUCCAUGCUAUGUCCUACAGAUAGAUGAAUUUAAGUUUCUUUUGGACUGCGGAUGGGAUGAAAAGUUUGAUAUGGAGUUUAUAAAAGAACUGAAAAGACACAUAAACACAAUAGAUGCAGUAUUAAUAUCACAUUCGGACCCUGUUCACCUCGGAGCCUUGCCCUACGCAGUGGGGAAGCUCGGCCUCAACUGCCCGAUAUAUGCAACCUUACCGGUAUACAAGAUGGGUCAGAUGUUCAUGUAUGACUUGUACCAGGCUCACAGGAAUGUCUCGGAGUUUGAUUUGUUUACGUUGGACGAUGUUGAUGCGGCUUUUGAUAGGAUUGUGCAGCUGAAGUAUAAUCAGAGUAUUGAUAUGAAAGGCAAAGGGCUAGGUCUCCGUAUAACCCCAUUACCUGCCGGUCACUCUCUCGGAGGUACAGUCUGGAGGAUAGCAGCACCUGGUGAAGAAGACAUAGUUUAUGCUCCUGACUUCAACCACAAAAAGGAACGGCAUCUCAAUGGAUGUGAGAUUGAGAGGCUCAUGAGACCUUCACUGAUGCUGCUCGGAGCUAUGAAUGCAGAUUAUGUUCAACAGAGACGGAGAUUGAGGGAUGAGAAAUUGAUGACAACAAUCCUGUCGACUCUCCGCGGCGGUGGGUGCGUGCUGGUCUGCACGGACACCGCGGGCCGAGUGCUGGAGCUAGCCCACAUGCUGGACCAGCUGUGGCGCAACAAAGACUCCGGGCUGGUCGCCUACUCACUUCUACUGCUGUCGAACGUCAGUUACAAUGUCGUCGAGUUUGCUAAGUCUCAGAUAGAAUGGAUGAGCGACAAACUGACUCGUGCCUUCGAAGGCGCCCGCAGCAACCCGUUCGCCCUCCGGCACCUGCAGCUGUGCCACUCGGUGGGCGAGGUGAGCCGCACGCCCGGGCCCAAGGUUGUGCUGGCCUCCUUCCCCGACCUGGAGUCAGGCUUCGCCAGGGACCUGUUCCUGCUAUGGGCUCCUAAUCCGCAGAAUUCUAUUGUAUUGACGGCUAGGACUUCUCCAGGCACGUUGGCUCGUGACCUCAUAGAGAAAGGCGGCGACCGCACCCUCGAGCUGACCGUGCGGCGUCGCGUCAGGCUCGAGGGGGCAGAGCUAGAGGAGUUCAUGCAGAACCAGAGGGUCAAGGUCAACAAUACUGUCAAUAUGGUCGGCUCCAGGGAGGAGUCGGGCGGCAUCUCGUCGGACUCGGACUCCGACGGGGAGCUGGAGAUGUGGGUGGUGACGGGCAAGCACGACAUCCCCGUCCGCCACGACGUGCGCGCCGCCGGCUGCUUCAAGUCCAACAAGCGACAUCACGCCAUGUACCCCUUCCACGAGGAGAGGACGCGCGCCGAUGACUACGGCGAGAUGAUUAAGCCUGAAGACUACAGAUUAGCUGAAAUAGUGGACGCGGAAGGAGAAAUCCGGGAUGUACCACCCGCUCCAAUACCUAAGCAAGAACCAGAAGAGGAGAUGACAGAAAUCCCUAGCAAGUGCAUAUCGUCGACGCGUCAAGUGCAGAUCAAGGCCAACAUCCAGUACAUAGAGCUGGAGGGCCGCUGCGACGGGGAGUCCUUACUGCGGGUCGUGACGCAGGCCAAGCCGCGAGCCAUUGUAGGGCUCAGGGCACAUCGGGGGGCCUUGCAGACACUCAAAAAACACUGUGAAGCUGAGGGUAUUGAAAAAAUAUACAUCCCAUCAGCUGGUGAAGUCAUAGACGCUACUACUGAAUCGCAUAUUUACCAAGUGAAGCUGACAGACAGCCUGAUGUCGGGGCUGGCGUGGCGCUCGGCGGGCGACGCUGAGCUGGCGUGGCUCUCCGCGCAGCUUGUACCGCGCGCUAGUCAGAGGGAGAAUGCCACUGCUAUAGAGGAGGCCACGUCGGACGUGUCGAUGUCGCUGGAGGCGCAGGCGGCGGGCGGCGCGCACGCGGCGUCGUUCGUGAACGCGCUGCGCCUGUCGGAGCUGCGCGCCGCGCUGCACCGCCUCGGGCUCAGCAGCGAGUUCAGCGGCGGCGCGCUCGAGUGCUGCAACGGGACGCUCGCCAUACGCAGGUUGGAGAAUGGCCGCGUCGCGUUAGAAGGCGUCCUAUCGGAAGAGUACUACAAAGUGCGAGAACUGCUCUACGAACAGUUUGCUAUAGUCUGAUAUCGAUAAUGAAAUACGUUGGAAAUUGUAAAUAUUCGUCUGUAAGAAUUAAAAAUAUUUUAUCCUU